UACUCCGCCGCCUACGUCAAAAUAAAGCGACGGCGGCUUAAAGUUGUCAAAAAGAAGGGGCAAGAUGUCUGCAAGGUUACUGCUCCGUUCUGCCUUUCGGGCAACCACCACAUUCCGGGCUGCUAUGGCCCCUUCGAUGUCUCGUACCAUGGCGGCUGGAGGUAUUCCCACCGAUGAGGAGCAAGCCACCGGCCUGGAGAAGGUCAUCAUGACCGCCGCAAAGACCGGAGCGGACCCCUACAAUCUGAUGCGGCCCAAGGAGUACGCUGGCUCCAAGGCGGACCCCCACAUGGUUCCCUCCAUCACAGACAAGAGGAUCGUGGGCUGCGUCUGUGAAGAGGACAACACGGCCGUUGUGUGGUUCUGGCUCCACCAGGGGGAGCCCCAGCGCUGCCCAUCCUGCGGGGCCCACUACCAGCUGGUGGCCCACGAGCUGCCCCACUAACUUAUACCACCACACCCGUCUCCUCAGCCCCCUCUUUUACAUAGAGCUGUUUAUACUCCUGUUAUGUCCUUGAUUAUUCCAGAUGCUGUCAGAGCGAAGCUAAGAGGAACUUGACAACGAGGUCAUGGAUCUUGAAGUUGUCUGUGGGACUUGAUUUUACUUUUUAACCUCAUCUGCUUUCGGCAUCGGGAGGCAGUAUUGUAUUUCAAAUAUUUCCAUUGAAUUGCAGUUUACAUAGUCGUGUACUGUACCAUAUUGCUCUGGGUCCAUUUGCUUAUAUUGAACCAAUAAAGACUUGACUUCUUGA